GCUUGAUCAUAACAUCGACACUGUUCAUGUCAUUUCCUUUUUUUUACAAAGUAGUAUGACAUUGUUUCAGCAAUGGCACCCUUGCCAGUUUAUCAUGAAUGCCUAAUUUGCAGGUAGCUGUGAUGAUUGGGCCUCCGCUGGCAACUGCUAAUUAUCCGUUUAUAUUAUUUCCCAUGCAUAUAUAGAAUGCUUUGGAUGAGUAAUGCAAAACACUUGUGCCUUCACUUUCCCAAGGAGAUGCCAAAAUAGUCUCUCAUCUACUCCGCAUGUUAAUCAACAAGUAUUUUGUUAUCAGAUGGUUUGACCAUAGCAUCUAUACUGGCCCUGUAAAUUUCUUGCUUUUGCUUUCUCUUUGCACGGCAAACUCAGGUUUGACACUACAUGGAAAUGAAGAAAAAUAAGAGAUAUUGUUACCAAAAAGUGCUGCAGGAUAUGGUAUGAAGAUCAAUAUGAUUUGCUAUCCAUUUCAUAUGACUGAAAAUGCAUGAGAUUCUGGCUACUGCUGUACAAGUUAUUUGUUCCUAUACUGAAAGCAGAGCAAGUUCUAUGUUAGGAAAGAAAAUAGAGCAUGUGUCUAGUGUUGGUGGUAGGCAGUGUCAAUAAAAAUACAAUAGUUUGUCCUUUAAUUACUAGAAUUGCUUCAAAGUUGAAUGUCAAAGCUAUGUUUCAUGUCUCUCUACUUUCAGCGUUAUGGACGACUCGUUCACCAUCCGGUGCGACAUCGUCGUCGUCCACAACUACCGGGCAUCGGACGACGCCCUGGCAUUCGUCUCUGUGCCUCCCUGCGACCUGCGUUGGCACUUCGGCGAGCUCCUCAAGACCGAGAAGGGCGCCAACGUGGUGUUCGAGGUCGGCGGUGAGACGGUUGCGGUGCACCGUUGCAUGCUCGCCGCCCGCUCCUCGGUCUUCAGCGCCGAGCUCUUCGGACCGAUGAUGGAGGGAAAUGCUGCUGGCGUCGUGGUGUUCAAGGCGUUGCUCCAUUUUGUGUACACAGGCUCAUUGCCAGAGCCGCAGAAGGAAGAUGAAGACUUCACCUACCAGCAUCUGCUUGUCGCAGCGGAUAGGUAUGGCAUGGAGCGGCUGAAGCUGAUCUGCGAGGAGAAGCUAUGCAAGUACAUAAAUGUGGGCUCGGCGGCGAUCAUCUUGGCGCUAGCCGAGCAGCACCAUUGUGUGGGCCUGAAGAAGGUGUGCUUCAGUUUUCUCGCCGCUCCAGCAAAUCUGAGGGCGGUCGUGGCCACUGACGGCUUCCAGCAUCUGAGCAAGAGUUGCCCUUCUCUUAUGGUCGAGGUGAUCACCAUGUCCUGUGCAUUAGUUGAGUGACGGAUACUGAAUGUUGUUGGACCAUUUAUUUAGCGACAUUUUGGCUAUGUGUUUGUCAGUUCAUUGCAUCUCUGCAAAUUGUGUCAAUUCACCAGAAAGUACAUUGAAAUCGGAGGGCAUAGGAUGCUCAGGUUGGGCAAUGCUAGGCUCGCCCAUGGCUUGUAGAUCUUUGUCAUGAGAUAUUGCUCUUCUUUUACCAAUGGACAA